UACUUGCUACAUUGAUGAUUUAUUUGAUGGGGUCAAAAAAACAAUCUGUGAAAAGUGCCUAUAUGAUCAUUAGCUGCUCUAUAUUUUGAUGCAGAACACAAUUCAUUGGUAUGAGUUUUGAUGUAGGAUGACAUUAUAGUGAAGCAAAUAGCUGAUAACUACCCAUUAGUAUGUUCACCACAUAUACAAGUUCGGUUGGCAGACAUAGCAUUUUGUUCCUUGUUUCCAUGUAGUGCAAUUGAAUGUUAAAUUUUUGCUAGAGAAAUCAUUAGUAAUCAAAAAGUAACGUUGAUUCUCUAUGAAAUAUAUUUAAUUUUGAUCCACUUUAACAUUCAUAACAAGUUUUGAUAGUGUUGUUGGUAAAUAAAUAUUUUGUAGGGUAGUUGAACUAAAUUUUAGAUUGAACAACCUUUCAUAUUAAGUGUGUGCACCACAUGUAUAAUUUAGAUGGACAAACAAAAAAAGCAUUUCAUUACCAUCAAGGGUGGUAGCCUAAUGGAUGGGAGAUAACUCUCACUGGGGUUGGUGAGCAUGUUGCUCUGGGUUUAAAUAUUCGCAAGUAUAAUGUGAUUCUCAUCCUCCUUCGCUUUGUGCUUCGGCUCUCUAGGACCCUAGUGGGGCUACGAGUUAGGCUAUGUCUCACCCUGCCUGGUAGGGUCCCCAGCGGGUAUGUGAUCCUAUGGUCCUCUAGGUUGGUCGCUCCCUCUUUCCUUCUUGAAUCAAGCAAAUAAAUUUCAUUUCUUUGUUUUCAUACCAAUGUUAUUAAAAGCGUGCCUAGGAGCGCACCUAGGUGCAAGGCCCAGCCAUGCCCACCCCCUGCCUAGGAGCGCACCUAGGCGCAUGGCCCAGCCAUGCCCACCCCCUGCACCUUGCAAUGGUCAAGGCGAGGCGACUUCACUAAGGCGCAAUUAACGCGCGCGAUUGGAACAAGGUGCGAUUAAGCCCAGGCGCAGGCCUUGAGGUUUUUUUUUUAAAAUUCGAAUUGGACCAUUGAAAUUACAUGGGUCAGCUAUAGCAGAUCAUAUCCUUCAAAUAUACAUGCUAAUAUUAUCGAUUUAGCCCCAAAUCAACAAGUGAUAGAAGAAAAAACAAGCCCUAAUCCAAAGCUCCAAAGAAGUCGAACUCGUCGUCCAGUCCAGGAGCUUCGAAUGUGCAGGUUAUCCCAGCAUUGGAUUCCCAUACACCAAUAUUUGCCUCGUCAUUCACAAUGGAGCUUAUUAAGAAGCGUUUGAAGGACUUUGGGAUCUUUCUUCCAUCUAGGCUUAAAAUAUUUAAAACUAGGAGGAGAUUCAGUGCUGGGCCAUUUGAAAUAGAGCCUAUUAGGGUAACCCAUUCUAUUCCUGAUUGUUGUGGAUUGGUUCUCCGGUGUGCUGAUGGGACUAUGCUUCAUACUGGGGACUGGAAGAUUGAUGAGUCACCAUUGGAUGGGAAAGGUUUUGAUCGUGAAGCUCUAGAGGAACUCUCAAAAGAAGGAGUAACACUAAUGAUGAGUGACUCAACAAAUAUACUUUCACCUGGAAGGACACUUAGUGAGACCGUUGUAGCUGAUGCACUGUUGAGGCGUAUUUCAGCUGCUAAAGGAAGGGUUAUUACUACUCAGUUUGCAUCAAAUAUACAUCGCCUUGGAAGCGUGAAAGCUGCAGCUGAUUUAACUGGCAGAAAGUUGGUAUUUGUUGGCAUGGCCUUGAGGACAUACCUGGAUGCUGCAUGGAAAGAUGGAAAGGCACCAAUUGAUCCAUCAACUCUUGUGAAAGUGGAAGAUAUUGAUGCUUAUGCCCCAAAGGAUUUAUUAAUUGUCACAACUGGCUCUCAAGCAGAACCACGUGCUGCACUGAAUCUUGCGUCGUAUGGAAGUAGUCAUUCACUCAAAUUGAGCAAAGAAGACAUUAUUCUGUACUCUGCUAAGGUGAUCCCUGGUAAUGAGAUACGGGUGAUGAAAAUGCUAAACCGUAUAUCAGAGAUUGGAUCAACGAUAGUAAUGGGAAAAAAUGAGCAGCUGCACACAUCCGGACACGGGUAUCGUGGGGAAUUGGAGGAAGUACUGAAGAUUGUGAAGCCACAACAUUUUCUGCCCAUUCAUGGAGAACUCCUUUUCCUUAGAGAGCAUGAAUUACUUGGAAAAUCUACUGGGAUUCGGCAUACUACUGUUAUAAAAAAUGGAGAGAUGCUUGGGGUUUCGCAUUUGAGGAACAGAAGAGUGUUAUCUAAUGGUUUUAUAUCACUAGGGAAGGAGAAUUUGCAGUUGAUGUACAAUGAUGGUGAUAAAGCAUUCGGUACAUCUACUGAACUUUGCAUUGACGAGAGACUCAGAAUUGCAUCAGAUGGUAUUAUAGUGGUCAGCAUGGAAAUUUUACGCCCUCAAGAUGCUGAUGGUUCAGUUGAGAAAACCUUAAAAGGGAGAAUAAGAAUCACUACACGUUGCUUAUGGCUUGACAAAGGAAAGCUUUUGGAUGCACUCCAUAAAGCUGCUCAUGCUUCACUCUCAAGCUGUCCAAUAAAUUGUCCUCUAGCCCACAUGGAAAGAAUUGUAUCUGAGGUUUUGAGAAAAAUGGUAAGGAAGUACAGCAGUAAAAGGCCUGAAGUCAUUGCAAUUGCCAUAGAAAAUCCAGCAGCAGUUCUCUCUGAUGAGCUCAACGCAAGGCUAUCAGGCAAAUCACAUGUUGGUUUUGGGAUAUCUGCAUUAAGAAAAGUGGUGGAUGGUCAUCCAAAAAAGAGACGGACGACUGACAUACAAGAGGAAGAAGGCAAGACACAACAAGAAUUGGAAGGUCAUGACAUUGAAGAUGAUAGACUUCUGUCUGAGGAAGCCACUACUUCAGGUUCUGAGUCAGCAGAGAAAUUUUCUCUCAAUUCUGAUGGGUCGGAUGAUUUCUGGAAGUCAUUCAUAGCAUCAUCACCAAUUGAGCAAUCGGUAAAAGAUAGCAAUGGUUCUGUUCCACAGGAAGAACAUAGGGAGAAGCUUAAGAUAGAAGAAACUAAGGUUGAUGACAUGGUUGAAAUUCCAAAAUGUCAAUCAAAAUCUUCCAAGCCUGGAAAGCGGAACAAAUGGAAACCUGGUGAGGUUAUGAAGCUAAUUAAUAUGCGUGGUGAACUCCAUAGCAGAUUCCAAGUUGUGAAGCAGCGAAUGGCCCUUUGGGAAGAGAUAUCUGCAAACCUGCUGGCUGAUGGGAUAAAUCGAAGUCCUGGCCAGUGCAAAUCUCUAUGGACAUCUCUGGUCCAGAAAUAUGAGGAAAUCAAGGGUGAUGAGAAAAGCAAGAAAAAUUGGCCUUACUUUGAGGACAUGAAUAAGAUUUUAUCCGACUUGGAGGCAACAGCAGCAGCAACAAAAUGAUCGGACUAGUGAUAUAAUAGCUUACCUUCCAGAAUUCUUUUGCAAAGAGCUUUUGUCGAAGGGUAAUUAUCCACAAAGUUGCUUGGAUUGGAUGGUUAAUUGGAAAACCAUUAUUUUGUAUCCAGAGGGGAGGUUUGUAUGAAAAUACUAAGGGGAAUGACACGAGAAUUUGAUUGGUUUUGUAGCUAUAGGCCCUUCCAAAAAUUGAUCAAUGAGUGUAGUGUUUGUGGUAUUUUAGAGGGUAUUGGAUGGGUUUCCUUUGUUUCCUUCA